UUGUAUUUUUGAUUUCGUGGUUUGGGUCUACGCAAAUACCGCCGCCGCUAAAAAAAAACAAAGGAAUCGCGGCGAAAUAUCGAACAGACCGCGCGCGCACAUUGCGGUUGUGCGGUUGUGCGGCUGUUCACUGAAGCUGGUGCUGCCGCCCGCUGCACACGGUACCAGGCACACGACGAGACGCAGGGCCACUACUCCCGAUGACGGUGGUACGGCCUCGCACUGGAGUGGGUGCACGCCGUACCGCCGUGGCGCGCCGCAACACACGGGUGCAAAUCGUGACAGCAGCUGCUCUCUGGUGCCUCGCGGCGACGACAGCGGUGGCUUGUGCGUUCCAAGUCGUCCACACUCGGCGUGGAGCAUGCGUGAGAAGGAGCCGGCAGGACUGGGAGGAGUUCAUCAAAGCUUUAGAGCAGGAUCGGUCGUUCAAGACGCGGUAUCGUUUGAGCCCGAAGUAGUUCAAGGGGCUGUACGAGAUGCUGCGGGGACGUCUUGAGUGCCAUAGCCCCAAACGGCGUGGCCACACCGGCACCAUAGCUGGGGAGUGUGCGCUAGCUAGCACGUUGCGGUGGCUCGCAGGGCACGGCGUCAGCGCUGCGGCUGAUGGUCCCCACAUGGCCACGAGCACAGCAUUUUCGAAUAUCAAGAAAGGGCUGGAUGUCAUCAACGACUGUGGGAGGCUUCGGAUAAAGUGGGCGAGAACGGAGGGGGAGCUGCAAGCGAAGGCGCGGGGGUUUGCUGCUCGGAGUUCCCAACUUGACCCUGUCCUGAAGUGCUGUGUGGGAGCAUUGGAU